CUCCGCAUCUGAAGUAGUGAGACUCAGCAACCACGGAUUAGGCAAGCCAGUGUAUGAGAGGACAGGAAACGGAAGGUCAAAAAUGAACUUUAAUUGGAGUUUAUCUGAACUGAAUAACUUUGUUUGCCAAAGCUACCACACAUCAGUUUAAAUUUGGUUGGCUUUGAACUGGCAAGGGCCAGCAAAGGACAAAAGGUAAAAAAAAAUUACAAGUGAAUUCUGUAAGGGAGCUGAAGGAGAGGGUUGGCAAAAGCAGAUUGUACAUUUUACCACGGGCAGAUGUAUUGCAGGAAACAUCACCAACCUUAGCAAUGUCCAGGACUUCAUUCCCAGAGCACUCCUCUGCUCCAACACUAAGCGAGACCUCCCCAGUGGUUGAGAACACCCAAAACCAACAUUUGGUGGCCAAACAGGCAAUUGAGAACAGACGUCAGCGAAUGGCAGCACGUGAGGAACCAUCAAGGGGGCUGCUGUUGAAGUUCAAAUAUCCAAAUGGAUUCAUCUGCAUGAGAAAAUUCACUGAGCCAGUGUCUGAACCAGUGUCUGAGCCAAUUCAGGUGCUGUUUGACUUUGUUGGACAAGAUGAAAUGGCCAGUGAAAUUUUCAGUGUGCAAGAAGCAACAUCGUCAACACCAAUUGAGAGUACUUCAUCAGGAUCACUUAUGGAUCAUGGUAUAAACACAUCUGCAACUCUGAAUAUCCAGGAAAUGAUCACUGAUAAGCCAAAUAAUGGAGUUUUUGACCAUCCACUGCCCUCCGCCCAGGCGCCGCCGGACCUACCUUCUGUUCAGGCGCUGCUAACCCUGCCCUCCGCUCAGAUGCCGCCGGCCCUACCUUCUGCCCUGGCAUCACCGACCCAGCCCUCUGCCCAGGCACUGCCAAUCCUGCUGUCUUCCCAGACACCAGCGAUCCUGCCCUCCAUCCAGGCACUGUCGAAUCCACCGUCCUCUCAACCACCGUUGAUCCCAGCCUCAGGGCCGCUGGCCCUGCCCUCUGACCAGGCACCACAAGUGAUUAUCAUUGAUGAUUGGUCACCAACUUUUCCAUCUAUUGAGCCACCCACAGUCAUCCUUGAAGACCAAGAACAACUUUGUCUCUCUCCACCCCAAUAUUACUUCAACCUAUCCACCAUGGCGUCCGCCCAAGAACAAGCUCUCCAGGCACUGAGCUCAGAGUUGGCCCAGCUGGACCGGCAGAUCACCGCCCUCCUGAAGAACCCCACCUGGUCCCUGGAAAUGGCAGCGCCACAGAGGGCCUUGCAGACCCUCACCGCCACCCCUGCCGAUAUUCACCUCCUGCAACUGUUUCGCUGCCCUCAGUUCACCGCCUUCACCUAUGCAUCAGGCCUCCUUGCCACCCACCUCAGCGCCCCGGACCUCGUCACCCACCCCAGGACUUCUCUCCCCUCGGCUCUCAUCGGACGCAACUCCUUCGGGACCGUGGUUAUCCAUGUUGGGACCAACGACAUCUCUGACCGACGUAGUGAAGUCCUGAAGGAGCACUACCAGACGCUACUGGACACCGCCAGGAAGAAGACCGGGAUCGUCAUCUCCGGACCUCUUCCCACUUACAGGAGGGGAUCAGAGCGUUUCAGCAGGCUCUUCGCGCUUCAGUCCUGGCUCUGUGACUGUUGCGCCCUUAACGGCUUGGGCUACGUGGACAACUGGUCCUCAUUUUGGGAACGGGCAGCACUCUACUGGAGGGAUGGGCUUCACCCUAGUCGUCUGGGAUCUGGUGUCCUCUCUCGGAACAUCGAGAGGGCCAUCCACUGA